GGCCAACUCGUCGCGUCCUUCAUCCUCCUGUCCAUCACCGUGUCGUACCUCACGAUUGGCAACGCGAUGAAGCACAUGAUCGACGGCUACAGCCGCGCCCACCCGCCGUCCAACACAGACGGCGCCCUCCUCUGCCUCUGGCGCCGCAUCCCAGACUCUCUCGGCCUCGAAACCGCCCAGAACCUGCUGCUGUAUCUCGGGUGCUUUGGCCUCGUCUUCAUCAUCGCCAUCUUCAACCCAAAGAGUUUUCUGCUCGUGUUGGAGGUCGUCACCUCCCUCGCCCUCAACAUCGAAGCCGGAGCGGGCGUUGGCGUGAUGUUCUACGUUGCGCGCAGUCUUCAAUCAGAUGACGCCAUUCCAACACCGCUGUCACGUAUAUGGGACGUCGCCUGGGUCCCCAUCACCAUCUUCUUCCUCGCUGCAGUUGGGUAUGAUGUGGUGACGACGCUGCUUGAGUAUGCGGGCACCACCGCAACUGGUGUCGUCUGCGCCAUCAUCGCCAUCGUCCUCGUGAUCUUCACGGCGCUCAAGUGCUAUUACCGCUCCUGCACGAUGGAGGGAAUUAUUGGCGUGAGCCCGGCGCUGCUCGGACACUCGCGUAUCCUGAACGAAUCAGAGGACGAGGCGUGGGCCAUCGACAGCUCAAGCCAUGACAGCGACAACAGCGGCGGCGGCGGUUUUAGCGGCCUUGUUGCCACGGAGGACGCACAUGUGUUUGAAGUGACGCUGCCGGAGGAUAGCGUGACGAAGCGUGAUGCGAAACGUAAUGGGGCUGGUCACGACAGGUCCACGCCAACGCUCAACGAGAACGGCGCCACGCUCGAGGACAAGCUCCUUGCCAGCAGAACCACAAGCACGUCGGCAGCCGCUGAUGACCAGCACGAUGGCAAUCACCGCGAACACAUGUCAAUACCACCCCUGACUCGAGAAAGGGGAAUAGAAGCAGACACGGACGGAAGCAGCAACGUUGUCGAACAUCAACACGCAGAUAACACCACACAGCAGCGGUUGCUGGACUUUGAGGAUGGUGAUAAUGUAGAGUGAAAGUGAGCUGUGGUGGAGCCAUGUGCGGUUUGUUGGAUAGCGGGUGCUGUUGGGAUGGUGGUGAUGCUAUGGGUGUGAGCACACGGAAGUGUUUGGUGAUCAUCGGUGUUGUACAUAUGAUGAGACACAACAAGCCGGGGAGAAGGUUGCCGUAUUUGUCGUGCUUGGGUGAUAGCUGUUGUCGUCAUCACAUCACAUCACUGCUUUUCGUCGUUCGAACGAAACAGAACAGUGUGACCUUGGAUGAUUAGAACGCAAACCUCUG